AUGCCCUCGACAGUGCGCGAGAACGAAUUAAACGGAUCGAUUCUGGCCUUCGCGGCUGACGGCAUCUAUCCAGAGUCUCAAGAUGUCAUAGCCUCUGAAUUCCCCGCUUCGUCUCUUCCGGAGGAGUUGCAGAGGAUUUCCGAGGUCCGCACACAAGUACAGAGAGAAAUAUCCUCCCUAAGCAAUAAUACCGCUACCGACGUCGACGGAUGGGUUUCCCAGGCCCGCCAGUUACAUGCAGACAUUGAGCGAUCGAGAGAGACAGCGCGGGAAAUCGUUGCGCAACAUGAGAGCACCGUACCGCUAAGAUCUAUGGUCAAGGACGCAUCAGCAAAAGUGAAACUGGUACAGACGGAACUUGCUUUCAACGAGGCCGUCACGGGUAUACUAGAGAAAGUAAAGGACUUCUCGUCGCGCAUAGACAAUGGCCUCAAAGCUGUCGAGGAGGAGCGCAUUGCGGAUGCUAUCAAAUGCGUUGAUUACGCAGAGUCAUUUCUUGGAAAAUCAGACCUAUCAGAUUAUGGUGGCUUAUCUAGCAUACUACACGAGAGUAUAACGCAUUUACGGAAAUCCAUCGAGGAGCUGCUUUUGUUACAAUGGACGAGCGAAGUGCGCAUCAAUAAAAGCGAAAUGACGUUAUUUAUCAACGACAAGCCUGACCAAUCGAGACUGCCUGAAUUAAUCGACUCGUUCUCGCAGCUCAUCAUGCUUGAAUCAGUGAACAAUUCCUUACAACGUGAUCUCAUGGAUUCAAUAAUACAACCCGUCCUGGUGCCACAUGUCCCCGGAGAGAGCUGUGAAGUUUUGGUUGAUAAUGAUGGCGUUCACAUAGGGAGCACAUUGCCUACCUCAGUACCCGAAUUGCUCCACCGAAUCUCUGCGGUGUUCAGCUAUUUACAGCAAAAACUACCACAUUCGAUCUCAAGGCCUCUUUCGGAGGCCAUAGUUCCGGUUAUAUCGACGACAUUAUGUGACUCAUGGUUUACGCCUUUUAUACCUUUGCACUUGGACGAGCUGCAAGGCUUCGAGGCGACCUUGGCUUGCAUAAACGACUUUUGUAAGACGAUCGAAGGGUUUGGGUGGCAUGGCCAGGAAGCCCUUGUUUCCUGGGUUGAUCAAUUCCCUCGCUUGUGGCUCACACGACGCAGAGUUGAUUCUCUUGACCAGGUUCGAAAAAUCCUCAUUCAUAGCAAGGGCGUCACAAAGGAAGUGAGCAGGGUUGAGAAACAGAUGGUUACAAACAAAGAUGACGUUUUGCUGGAUUCCACAGUAACAGAUGACUGGGACGCCGACUGGGGUAAUGAGAAUGAAGAGCAGCCGGCUGAGGCAGCUGAAGAAGAAGACGUCAGUGCUUGGGGCUUGGAGGACGAGGCAGAGAACGCCGAGAAAGCGGACGAAGAUGACGAUGAAGAUGCUUGGGGUUGGGGAGAUGAUACCGAAGAUAUACCCGCCGAGAAAGACGAAGCUCCUACCAGAAAACCUGCACAAGAAAAGUCUUCUUCUGCUAGGCAGCCUUCGUCGGCCAAAGAGAUUACUUUGACGGAGACUUAUACGGUGACGGACAUUCCAGAUGCGGUUAUUGCCCUCAUUGAACAACAGAUUUCAGAUUCGGAGUCAUUGUCAAGCCCAAACUCCUCUACAAAGCGUAUCGUUUCCUCCAAAACCGGUCUGGUGGCGCUACCACCCUUGAUUCUAGCCAUGUUCAAAGCAAUUGCUUCAUCCUUUUACUCACUGAAGUUAAAUGCCGGCAACAUAUAUCUGUACAACGAUAGUAUGUACUUGGCGGAACAGGUCCGGAAAUUCGUGACAGAGAAGCAGAUGACAAGACUCUCUGCCGAUGUUGACGGUUUGGAGCGGUUUGGUAGGCUGUCGUACAGCAAAGAAAUGCACACACAACGCACGAUUGUCACAGACCUUCUUGACGGAAGUCAAGGUUUCAUCCAUUGCUCGGAACAGCCAUUCCUACGAGAGUGCGAAAAUGCCAUUGACGCAACGGUUGACAGAAUCCGCGGGGUGUUUAUGGAAUGGCAGCCAAUUCUUUCUCACUCGGCACUGCUACAGGCCAUUGGCUCCCUCCUUUCUGCGGUCAUCAACAAGACGAUUGUCGACAUUGAGGACUUGUCCGACAUCUCCGAGGGAGAAUCGCAGCAACUAGUUUCAUUCUGCAACAAGCUUUCCAAACUAGAAGACAUGUUCAUGCCAGAACCGCAAGCCGACGGAGUAUCUACGGCGGCAGUCUACGUCCGCAACUGGUUGAAGUUCCAGUAUCUGAUCGCCAUACUUGAGAGCUCUCUCGCUGAUAUUAGAUAUAUGUGGACAGAAGGAGAGCUGAGCUUAGAGUUCAGUCCAGAUGAGGUCAUCGAUCUGAUACAGGCGUUGUUUGCUGAGUCGGAUCACCGGCGGAAGACAAUCUCUGAAAUUCGACGGGCGCGUCUACGGCGAUAUGCUCUUUCAACGCUGGUAAACAAUUUGCUCGAAAACGACAAACCGAUUCCGCUAGAGUUUUUGGUCAACGGAACGUAUCUGCGAACUUCGAUUGAUGAAUACCUGACCGCCAAUGGUAUCUCUGCUGAGACAACGCUCGAAGUUGAAUAUGUUCGGGCUCUUAUCCCGCCUUUGCAUAUUGCGUCGUAUAUGCAUGACGACUGGAUCAGUUCGGUAGAUGUCUUGUCGCGGACGUCGGUUGGUGGUGAUAGUAUCGCGGCAGGCCAAGAGAGGAUCUUGUCGGCAAGCUAUGAUGGGUUUUUAAGAAUGUGGAAUAUGUCUUCGGAAACCAUUGCAGUCUCGCCAGCGGCUUCUGAGGGCGGACACUCGGCUUCCAUCAAGGCAGCCAAGAUCAUAUCACCAACCCAACUUGCCUCGGCGGGACUGGACAGGACGGUGAAGUUGUGGAAAUACAGCGAGGAAGAGGACGGGUCUUCAGCACAGAUUACUCCCCAGCUGGAGCUGUACGGACACAAACUGGGCAUCAAUUCGCUCGCCGUGCACAGUGCAUCCAACAGAAUCCUGUCUGCAUCUGCGGACCACAGCGUCGGAUUCUGGUCUACGAAAAAGUCCGACGCACCAUCUGCUCCAGCUGAACUGCUGCCAUCAAACUCCUCGCGCAACUCCAAGCGCCGCAAGCUCAACUCAUCCGUGAGCACACCCCAGCGCGGCCCUCUGGCCCUGCUGUCCUCGCACACCGGCCCCGUGUCAGCCGCGAUCUUUGAUGCCAAAGACUCGACCGUGGGCUACUCUGCGUCGUGGGACCACACAGUCCGAACAUGGGAUCUGGUGACAUCUGCCCUCGUCGAUACACGCACAACUUCGCAUUCGCUGUUGUCCCUCGAGCACCUUGCCGAACUACAUCUGCUGGCUGCGGGCACAUCAGCCAGACAUAUCACGCUCAUGGACCCGCGUGUCUCGGCGACGUCGGUGUCGGCUAUGACGCUGCGUGGGCAUACCAAUGCGGUAGUGACGCUUGCGCGCGAUCCGCAGAGUACGUAUGGGUUGAUUAGCGGCAGUCACGAUGGUACGUGUCGGAUCUGGGACGUUAGGGCUUCGAGGACGGAUAAGGAUGGGGUUGUUGGUGAGAGUAUAUACUCGAUACCGCGCAAGAGCUUGGAGGAAGCCGGGAGAGAUGGAUCUAAGAGAGUGGGCGGUGACGGCGUAAAAGUUUUUGGGGUUUGUUGGGAUUCGACUGUGGGCAUUGUCAGUGCUGGUGAGGAUAAACGGAUACAAAUUAACCGUGGUGAAGGAGUUCUUCAGGCGCACGAAUAG